CUUAAGAGCAUUGUCUCUUUUCCUCUCUCCGCGCAGUCCUUUUGCAAGUGUCCCUGCACACAUUUUCCCGUCGCCGACAAUGGAAAGCAGUAUUGAUUCCAGCUGGGGGCAGGGGCUGCGUAUGACAUCUGACCGUCAAGAACGGACGACAAUGACACCCACCACUUCUGCUGAGUUGUUCAUGCAGCCCCUGCCUUUUUUCGAACUGACGGAUUCAUCCACUGAGUCCAUCGACCUUCUUCGCCAGCAGUUGAUGGCAAGGGCAAUGGAAGCAGACGGACUGCCUGUUACGCAGUCUCCUAUCACCGGACAUAGCAGAGGAGGUGUUGGUGGCGGUUCACCGACUGCUUUUCUUAGAUCCACUGGUGGUAGGACGGCUUCUUUGCUACCGAGGCGCGCUGCUGUGAACAGCCGAACAGACACAACAGGAGGUGCCGGCUGGAGGAAAUCGGGGGUAGGAUAUGGACAGACCGUAAGCACACCAUACGUGUGGCAUGGGGCGGCAGAGCGGCGUCCCUCGCCAGUGGGACCGCUGGUAUCCCCGUGGUCAGGACGUGGCAAAGGGUUGACCACAUCUUGCGGGCCUAUAUUCAUGCCUUCUCCUUCUAUCAAAUGUGGUGCCCUCCUUCACUCCUAUGUGGACGGGUGUUCCACGCCACCUUUCACGACACCCCUUGGGUUCGCAACGGCUGUAGAACGGCCGGGGUGUGCAGGGACGGCGUUUCCGCACACUGACAACGCGGCUUUCGGAAAAGAUGGAGCCUUUGCUACAUUUAAUCCCUGCAAUACUCUGUCGAACAAUGCACAUGACACAAGUGCAGAGGACACUGCCAGCUGCGGCGGUGCGGUCGUCCGUGUGACGGACACGGUGACCGUCGACCUCGGUGACGAGGGGGGUAGGUCCAGUGGGGGGGGCGGUGACGAUGCAGGCAAUCAGCGUGUGUUUGGAGGAGGUUCAAAAGCCGGAGCGGGGUCAGCAGGGAAGGACACAUUGGCAGGCAGCCAAGGCACAGCGGUUGAUAUGCAGUGGACUGCAUUUCAGUCUCAAGCGCCGUCUGUAGAUGCUUGUGCAGGGAUGGCGGAUAACGGAUCAAGCGGCGAGCCCGCUUGUAAUGUGGAUAUGUAUAUGCAUGUCGACGUGCAGUGCGCAGACGAGACGCUGUCUAGAGACACGGUUCGGGUGCACCAGGCGAACGGAGACUGUGAUGCCACCGGCGCUUGCGCUGCCAAUGCUGCAGGGUCAUGGUCGGAAGAUGGUGGAGAACCGGUAGAUGUCCAUUGCACGCUGGAGGGAUGUUAUGGCAGCGACAAACCGCAAUCGUCGCAAGGUGAGAUCACUCGAUUGGGAGAUGGUGGUUCCCAGGGCACGGCACGGGCCCACCCACGAGGAUCGUGGGCCCACCUUGACAACAUGGCACUAAUACGUGCCAAAGGCGACCGACACGUCGCACGUGUCGUGAAUUCGGAGGAUAUGGGAAACGGUCGGACGUCGAAGAAAACAUAGGAGGAGAUUGCGAGUGCGUUGACCGCUGGAGGGUUCGCACACACGUGGCUCGAAUGCAGGACCAG